CACGGGUCAGCACCAGGAAACCCAUUCGUCUCCCCAAUUCAAGUAGAGAGCCCACCGAUGGCCCCUUCGACUCCAGUGGUAACAUCAUCUACUGGUAACAGAGUUCAUCAGGCUGCCUAUACAGGAUGAGGUCACCACAUUUAUAAACUCACAACUAAGAGCCGACUAUGUGAGGUAUCACAAUGUUCUCCAGGAUCCGAACAGACAACUGGAAUACGGCAACUCUGAAGACAGCUAUGCUGGACGGAGAAAUGCUGUACCUUUCAAGUUGUUUUUUGGGAUUCCCGCCGCCACUUCCUACUUCCCGAGCACAUCACCUUCAAGUUCAACACGGGCAGCUGCAGUGUUCAACCACCCAAGCAAACCUGUGGGUGGAAAGGCGUCCUGGACAGUGUCCUUGAACCCCUCAAGAGCGCCUUCGUGAGCAAAAUGGGUCGCCCUGCAGCACAGCUCUUGUCUUGAUAUCCCGGAACCAUUUGACCAGGGAGGAAGAAGUAGGCCUGCCGAGAAGUCGACCUGUAAAUGGAUAUUCAAAACACAAAGGCGGGUGAGAACGAUCCUUGCCGGCUCCAUCCAAGGCAGCAGGCCUCUUUGACCACAGAACUGUCCCGCAUCAGGCGUCGACCCGUGUUCGUCUGAGGGGAGACUGACCAACGAACCAUUGAAAUCACAUGGCUGGUCGGGGUCGAGGACUCAGCCCAAAUAUUGCCCACUUCAUCCACUGGAACUCUCUCAACUAUAGUACAGGAUGGGGGCUGGCACCCCCUGCUCGGUGCCCACCAGGAUGCUUCCCAAAUCCCAAUGGUUCAGUCUGUGGCAGGCUGUGGCCUGGUGGAAACUGAAUGCUGUCCAUCCAGAUCUCACGCUAGUUCAUCGUAUGGAAAGCGAAACUGCAGCAUGUCGACCCUUAGGAACUCCCUUGAGCGCACGUACACACUUCCUUGCCCUUCAAGUUCCACAUCUUCGCGCGGCUCACAUGUGGGCAUGAUCAAGGUUUGCCUAGCCCAACCAUCCUACAGGACGCCUGAUGCACUGUUCAACAACGCAGUGUUUCUUCCUAUCAGUAACCCAGGAGCUCAAACCACGACAAUGUUUCCGAACCGUCUAUCACUUAUUGCAUGUCCUUCGAUCGACGUGGCUCCACACCGGCCAAAGAGUAACUGCCCUUGAACUUGGUAUGGUUGCCUUGAUAGCCCGUGAGCAACAGUACUUUCGGUUUGCUGCUUGCGCUGAAACUCUUCUUGAGAUAAGCCGCACGCUGUUGGCUUCGGGCCCGACGGCGUCUUUCCAUAAGACUAAACCAUGUGGUCAAGCAUGAAUCCCUUCUCUUAUCUUCUGCUCUGCCUCUGUUAAUGCUGCCCCGACACUAACUCACUACUCGCAGCCACCUCCCGAUACUGAACAUCGUCAGCUUUCGGGCAGCAAAGAUUGACGUUGGUCUACAAGACGACCAUUUCAACCACGGUCCUCAUCAAUUGACCGUCCAUUGAGCGAGCUGAGACGGUGACAUUGCCGGCUAUCCUGCCAUCAGGCUACCAUUGCUUUUAUCGCAUACCGCUUGUCUUCAUUCCGCGACUGGCUGCAGCAAUUAUAGAAUUUAAACAAUGAAAGACCGACCACUGAACGCCGGGGGAAAGCAUUGUCGCCCAUCAUCCAACAUGGAAAGCUUGAUCUCAUGCUUCCAUGCCAGCAGUCCUCAUCCACAGCAACAACUAUCAUCAAGAUCCCCGAGCUACUGUUAUAUUCCCGGCCAAUACUGGCAGACCUUGGACUACUAUGACAUGUCCACGGACAUCUUCUCCAGUGCCAUUGAAAACUCUGGAGUGCCUGCGACGUCGACGUUCAACCAUGUUGGUAGUUUCAAUGAUACCAACUCGACCAUGACGCUCGACUCGCCUCUGGGCUCGAUGUUGCUGGAAGAAAACAGCAGUCCUGAAGACUGGAAGGCUUCUGAGAAUCCCACAGAACCUUUCGCUGAAGGAGGUGCACCGGUACAGCUUGAGAGUUCAGGUCAUGCACGAGACCAUCAUCACCAUCAUCCCUGCGAAGUUUGUGAACGUGACAAAAGAGAGCGUCGAAAAGAGCAAAACCGAAAAGCACAACGCAACCAUCGGUUACGGGGGGAGGCAAAGCUGGAGCAACUCAGAGCCAAAAUCCAGUCGCAGACCGAGGAGAUUGCGCUACUCAAGGAAGCCAACCAGGAACUGCAGAAGAGUAUCAGUACGCUGAAAUGUGGGCGCGGACGAAGUGGAGGCUCUGUCAAUAUGAACUAAAGUUGCAGAUGAAGAACAACCUUUACGGCAAGUUAUUCCAAGGGCCUCGGUAUUCUUUUCCGUCGCAAGAGCCUCAGGUGAUGAUGUUGCUGCAGGGCGUCUUGAGAGCUUUCAUCAGCUUACGUGACAAAGACUCUUCUUGUCGAUCCAAAAAAACAGCCUGAUAGCGUAGUGUGACAUCUAGUAAAAAAUGGCAGGAGGUGAACCGGGUUAUAUAAAAGAGGCCACAUGGUACCCAAGUUGAGAGUUGGAUAGUAUCCUUUGUCUUAUCCUGACAUGUGCGUAGUGCCCGUUCAGGUUUUCUACCAGCAGACUGUUCUCCAAGUAGAUAGCUGCUCCCUGUUCAGGCUGCGGUAAUGCUGCCACCAGGCUGACUUAUAAGGGGCCGCGUGGUGACCAGUAAAUGACUCGCACAGGCGCAGGCAGCUCCCCA